UUGCAUUUAGAAAUUAAAAAUACAAGAAAAUUGAACCAUUGUUUUUCGUUUGCGUGGGAUAAGAGGAAAAUUCAACAAUGAUCGAUUUCCAUAAUUUCCCAUCAAUGUACCAGCAAUACUUGUACGAUUUCACGCAAUGAGAAAACGCCUCAAAAGGGUAGGAGAAAGAAAUCGGGCAAAAAUGAGUACAUCAUCAAAGAAAUUGGUGAAGAAUCUGAGAUGGACGAGCAUAGUACUUGGAAUCAGCAAUGUUGCUGUGAUCGCCAUUGGUGGGUCACUCUUCUUUUGUGGGCAUAGCCAGUCUUGCAGUCGUAGCCAGUUGCUGCCCUUUUUCUUGGUUAUGGCUGCAGCUGGGGUUCGUGUGAUGGCUAUGAUACGCUGCGCAAUUGAACAGCAAGCUGCUGCCAUUGCUGUUCUGGGUUCUUCUCCGGAUGCUUCGGUUGUUUCCGAUAAUCUUUCUCGUGUUCAAAGACGGUUAAGAUACAAAAGCUGGCUUUGGUGGACAAGGUUUGCAACAGUUGUUACUGUGGUGCAAUUCUUACUAGCAAUUUACAUCAUGUUUGUGGUGGGAAGUAAUAUAUCAUCAAAUGACUGUGCUAUAGUCUCACUUUCAAGUGAUGGAUGGUGGAGGAAUCAUCUGUUGAUUGUAUUUCUGAUAAUGGCAUGUUUCGUAGCAAUGCUGCAGUGUUUUGCCAGCUCUGAUGUCCUAAGAUGGAGAUCGUUUUAUGACAUGCAAGAUACUGCUUGGAAAGCUCAUUAUCAUGAGGUAUUUGACCACGGUAUUCGUGAGGCUUUAUGCUGUCUGGGCCGUGUAAAAUACUUGAAAAACAUGGAGGAGGAUGAAGUAAACUCAGUGGCACAAUUGUUAGGUGAUCUUGUCACCUAUCGUGCCUCUGGCACGGGACACUUAGAAUUCUUGGCAGGUCUGGCUCUAUUGCAGAUGCGUAAUGAAUAUCCUCAAUUAGACGCAAAUUCUGUUGAUGCUCCUGAUGAUGAAAUUCAGGAGGCAACUUCAUUUCACCCCUUUGCUGAAGCUGCUUACACGGGUCCAUUGCUAGAUGUUGGAAGAAAUCCCAUUUUAUUUCCCUGUGCAUGGCUACGCAGGCAAGGAGUUUUUACAGCAUGGAGUCGUAACAGGCGGCCUGUGCUAGAAGGGGAUAAUUGGUGGAGAGGCCAUGCCGCAGCCUUUCUUAAUUAUGUUAAUUUGCCUCUAGAGUCUCUUCGACGUGGCCGUGUAAAUCAGGGAAAGUGCCAGGCUGCAUACUUCAUUGUAGUUUUGCAUGAUAUAAGGACUGUAGUGAUAGCAGUACGAGGUACAGAGACACCAGAAGAUCUGAUUACUGAUGGCCUUUGCAGGGAGACCUCCCUCACAACAGAAGACUUAGAUGGAUUAAUAAAUGGCUUGUAUAUUGAUUCUACCAUGAGGCAAACUGUUCUUUCAUCAUUUCCACAUCAUGGAUACUCAGGAAUAGUUGAGGCUGCUAGAGAACUUUAUCACCAUAUUGAAGGGGCCUACUCAGGACCAAGUGGAGUUUCUGCAAUAGAAUCUCGUGGUUAUCUUUCAUCACUUCUGGGGGCAGGAUGUGAGUGUGAUGGUUAUGCAGUUCGAAUUGUGGGACACUCUCUUGGAGGUUCUAUUGCUGCAUUGCUUGGUAUUAGGCUGUAUGGCCGAUUCCGAGACUUACAUGUGUAUGCAUAUGGACCUCUUCCUUGUGUUGAUUCAGUUAUUGCAGAUGCAUGCUCAAGCUUCAUUACAAGUGUUGUGCACGACAGUGAAUUUUCAUCAUUUCUUUCUGUCAACUCAAUCUUAAGGCUGCGAGCUGCUGCAUUAACUACAUUGUCACAAGGCAGCACAACUGAUACAGCUAUGAUUGCCAAAUUGGCACAGCUGUUUCUUUAUGUGAGCAAGUAUCAGAAUGGGAAGGCAUUGAAGCCACUUACAGCUGCUGCUAUCACUGGCGAUGCUACUCAAAGCUGUACGACUGAUAACGUUUACAGAACUCAUUCUAAAAUCUUUCCUGAAGCAAACACGGACCUUGGCAACUACGCAUUCCUGCAUGAUGAAUUUCAUGCUAAAGAAAAUGUCAAGUGCUUGGCCAACGAUUUGCUGGAAGAUUUAACUGAUAUCAUUGUCCCUGAUGAAAAUCCUGAUGAUGAUCCAGUAUCUCGGUUUAUGGAAGCUGUGCCAUCAUCUGUAAGAAGAUCACCUGGUGAUCCACCAGAACUUUUUCUUCCAGGCCUUGUUAUACACUUAAUUCGAAGACAAAGGGGAAUUAAUAUCCCUCUUUUGAAAGGUUGGGGAGCUCAAGAAUCAGAGCCGCCAUAUCGAGCAAUCAUAGCUGACCGACAAAAUUUUAAGGAGAUACUCAUUUCACCUUAUAUGUUUCUGGAUCAUCUUCCCUGGCGAUGUCAGUAUGCAUUGCAGAGAGUGUGGAAAUCCCGGAAAAUGGAAAUAAAUGGUGAUGGCUUGCAAAUCGUUUAAACUCAGUAAAUAUGACCGAUAUAUGUCUUAUCUGCUUGUUGCAAAUUUGCACCAUCUAAGCGACAACAUGGAGGAGAGUCCUUGUGUACAGCAACAAAGAGUUGGUUUCGCUUUCUGUUCGCUUCCGCGGUGCUUUUCAUGAACAAUUCAUGUCCUGAAGCGUACAUGAUGUUUUCUUUACAAAUAUUCUUUGCAGCCUUAUGCUGUGUGACAAGGUGAAUUUGUGUGAUUCUGGUGGUUGAUCUAAUUGUAACUUAUGUAACUGGUAUAACACUCAUAAAAUUUUUUGAUUCCCUUGUGUAAAUAUAACAUUAAUCACUGUGUGCUCGGUUAUUACGGACUACGUGAAUAGUGUAGAAGUAUAAUUGCACCAUAGAUUACUACA